UCCUAAUGGGAAGGUUCCUGUUUCUCCUCCAAAAAAGCCUUGCAUUGACUCCUCCUUCUCUUCGACAGAAUGGGGCCCUUUGUAAGGGGGGGGUUCCCAGCAUUCCAGAGGGAAUUCCGACAGUCUUUGCAGUAAGUCUGGGGAGUGUGAUCAGCAAGACAGGCAAAGAGGGAGGGCACUAUAACAAGUUUUCCACCCAGGUGUCUUCAUAGAGAGAGAGACAGAGAAGAUCUAACAGGGUGUGUGUAAGCGGACUAAAUGACUUUGACACACUGCUUAUACAGCUGCCUUGAAAAGCCACAAGCAUGUUACACACGGUCACUGAGUGGCUGUGGUGGGAGCGUUUGUGGCUGCCCGUGAACGUCUCAUGGGCGGACCUGGAGGACCGCGACGGUCGCGUCUACGCCAAAGCCUCCCAGCUGUACGGCGUGCUUCCUAUUGCCCUCUGCCUGCUCAUUGUCAGGUUCCUUUUUGAGAGGUUGGUGGCCGCGCCGCUGGCCGACGUUUGUGGUGUCAAAGACAGACUACGUCGCACUGUUGAGCAAAAUGCCAUCUUGGAAAACUACUUUUGUGCCAAAGCGUCUGUUCCGUCACAGGCGGACGUUCGGGCUCUGUGCAAGAAGACAAGCUGGACCGAGCGAAGAGUUCAACUGUGGUUCCGGAGGAGGCGGAACCACCAGCGUCCAGGUCUUCGCAAGAGAUUCUGUGAGGCCAGCUGGAGAUGUGUAUUCUAUUUUUUUGCAUUUAUUGGCAGCAUUGUCGCCCUCCACGAUAAACCCUGGUUUUACAAUCUGAAGGAGGUUUGGGCAGGCUUCCCUAAACAGUCGUUGCUGCCAUCCCAGCACUGGUAUUACUUCCUGGAAAUGGGCUUCUACCUUUCGCUGCUCCUCAGCCUCACGUUCGAUGUGAAGCGGAAGGACUUUAAAGAGCAGGUGAUCCACCACAUCGCUACGCUGACUCUGCUGGCAUUCUCGUGGAUCUCCAACUACAUCCGCGUGGGCACCAUCGUGAUGGCGCUCCAUGACUCGGCCGACAUCCUGCUCGAGGGUGCAAAAGUGCUCAACUAUGCUAAGUGGCAUAAGAUGGCUAAUGCCAUGUUUGUAGUCUUCACUAUCCUUUUCAUGCUGACCAGACUCGUGAUUUUUCCUUUUUGGGUGAUCCACUGCACGUGGGUGUAUCCACUCGAGAGCUAUCCCGCGUUCUUUGGCUACUAUUUCUUCAAUAUCAUGCUGCUGGUGCUCCAGAUGCUGCACAUCUACUGGGCCUUCCUGAUAUCAAAAAUGCUCUUCAAGUGUCUCUUCAGCAAGCUGGAAGGGGACGACAGGAGCGAUGAAGAGGAGGAUGACAGCGAGGAGGAGAGAAACUACAAGCGGACUCAUAUGAACGGUGCCGGAAUCCGGGGCCAAGCCAAUGGUCAUUGAUGGAAUAGGAAGAGUGACUUGGACAAAAUCUCAGUAGACUGUAUAGAAAUCACAGUGUGGUGCAUCCAGAAAGUAUUCAUUGCAAUUCACUUUUUCCACGUUUUGUUUGGUCAGAGGAUUAUUUCCAGCGGUGCCUUGACAUAGAAAUGCUCAAAUUUAUGCUUUUUGGGCUUGAUCAAUUUUUAUUUUAUUUAUUACUUUAUUUUUUUGCUUCUGAAGUGCUUUAAUACCCUCACAUGUGGGCAAGGAGAGUAAACCAUCAAAUGUGAACACUCGCAAGGACCUGCUUAAGAUCACAACUAACCCCUCGACACUCACACUAACAACUUGACUCCAUCUCCUGAGAUCACAAGGCGACACCCCCUUAAAGGCAUUCUCGUUUAUUGUUUUUAUAUCAUAGUUUUUGUGUUUGGUUUUUAAAAUAAACACACAUAACAAAUAA